AUGGCAAAGCGUGUAUGUUUCAAGAAUAGGACUGCACACUCUAGAUUUGGUAUACCAUUAGAUUGCGAUGAGAACUCAACAUGCAACAAGAUUAGACCUGAUACCGAUCUCACCGGACUUCUCAAGAAGACAAAGCUUAUCAUUUGGGAUGAAGCACCAAUGACGCACAGAUACUGCUUCGAAGCAUUGGAUAGAAGUCUAAGGGAUGUUAUGAGAUCGCAUAUAGAAAGUUGUUCUACAAAACCAUUUGGAGGUUUAGUUGUAGUUUUAGGAGGAGACUUUAGACAGGUGUUGCCAGUUGUCCCUAAUGGAAGCAGACAUGAUAUUGUGCAUGCCUCGAUAUGCUCUUCUCAACUAUGGAAUUCUUGUGUAGUUCUCAAGUUAACUAAUAACAUGAGAUUACAGCGUGGAACGUCUGCAUCCACUUCUGAAGAUACUAAGGAAUUUGCAAAGUGGAUACUUGACGUUGGUGAUGGUUCUGCUGGAACCAUUCUUGGUGAUGGAGAAGCUGAUGUGAGAAUAUCUGAUGAUAUUCUUAUACAAAAUGUUGAAAAUCCUAUUGCAUCCAUAGUACAAAAUACUUAUCCUGAUCUAUUGCAUACAUCGUCUACUCCAGAGUCUUUCAAAGAUAGAGCUAUAUUGGCACCCACUAACGAAAUGGUGGAUUCAAUAAAUGAUUUUACCAUGUCUCUGAUGUCUUCUGAAGAAAGAAUAUACCUUAGUUCGGAUUCAGUAUGCAAAGAUGAUGGACAAGUUGAUAUGGACGAUGAAGUAUUUUCAGUUGAAUAUCUUAACACCAUCAAAUGUUCGGGAUUGCCAAGUCAUGAAAUCAAACUGAAGGAGGGGUGCAUCAUCAUGCUUCUCAGAAAUAUCGAUCCAUCAAAUGAGCUUUGUAAUGGCACAAGGAUGAUAGUAACAAAGCUCGGGAACAGCGUGAUUGAAGCAAAACUCAUUUCAGGAAAUAAUGCAGGCAAAAAGUUUGCUAUUGCCAGAAUGAUAAUGAGUCCAUCAGAUUUGACUAAGUUUCCCAUAAGAUUUCAAAGGAGACAAUUCCCGUUGAAUGUUUGUUUUGCUAUGACGAUAAAUAAAAGUCAAGGUCAGUCACUAUCAAACGUAGGUCUAUACUUGCCAAAACCUGUAUUCACUCAUGGCCAGUUGUAUGUUGCUAUCUCACGAGUCACUAGCAAAAAAGGUCUCAAAAUUUUGAUAUGUGACGAGAAUGGGCAAACAAACAACACAACGACUAAUGUGGUUUACGAUGAAAUUUUCGAUAGAUUGUAAGGAAUUGUCAUUGUCUUGCUUCAACUCGGAAAUGUUUGGAGAGAGCACCAAGAAGUUUCGAGUUAUUUUUUACCAUGCAGACUCUUAACACAGACAUGUACUUCAUUAUUUAAUGGAAAUAAAC